CGCGACCUUGUAGCCUGCCAGCGUGUGCUCACGUCACACGUGUAACGAUGGAUGAUUGAGUGACUCACGCUGAAUGAUUGAGUGACUCACGUCUGCUCCUUAUUUUUGUCGAAGUGGCGCACGUUGAAUGAAUCCCCGUCUGUUGAGUGAUUUGGAAAAGAGCAGUUCCGCGGCUGAUGAUGCAGAUCUUCAGCGACCUGCUAUCUGAUCGGCGUUGACUCGGUUCUAAGAAGCUUCAUCGGUGCCAAUUGCACAUAGUCCAAGACAACAAUCUUCUCUCACCUGAUCUCUCAAUCCAUCAUACGCGAUCUCGUUAGUGCUGCCUUUCACCCUUAUUUUUUCUUACAUCCUCCAGGCUUCUUGAUGAGGCAAAGUUCGAUCUGUGUCGGGUAACGUAGCUCCUGUCUCGUCUGCGCGGGCGCUUUUGUGAGUGUGUGUGUGUGNNNGAGAGAGAGAGAGAGAGAGAGAGAGAGAGAGAGAGAGAGAGAGAUGUCGUCGUCGAGUGAGUCGCCAUGGCAGAGUGCAGCGCAGUCAAAGCUGGCGCGGAUGAUGAAGGAGAAGGAGGAAGAAUACGAGUACUGUGGGGACGUUAAGGAACUGAUUCAGAGUCGGCGGAGAGGAGUGAAUCAGGCGCCUAAAGUGGUAGUACCUUCUUGUCAGGUGCUUUGCGAAAGGGUCUUGAUAAAAUCAAUCUCUCUUCAUUCGGUUGUCCCGCUGCUCGAGUUCGCUCGUCGCUUCUCCGCAUCCACUCUUGAGGAAGCUUGCGUCAAAUUCAUCACCGCGUCUUACCGAACUGUCAGCAAGCUUCAUGCCGCGGACAUUCUGAAAGAGGCCCUCGGCGCGCAGAUCUUUGAUUGGCUCGAAGCGGAGACGAGGGAGAUGGAGGUGGGUAUGAAGAGGUUGAAGGUUCGAGGAAAGGUUAAGGACAGGCCUCUUCCGGCCGGUUUCCCAUCAGGUGCUGAUAGGCAGGAGCGGCAUGGGGGGGCAGUGGAGGGAAGAGGAGCAGAGUGUUCGACGUCCGACCCAGCUGUCUCAGCGCCCUCCCAUAGUGGAGCAGAAGCAGGAGGAGCGUGUUGCUAUGAAGCAAGCGGGGUACAAGCAAGGGAAAAGGAAGGGGCAGCAGAAGCGGACGCUAGGCAGCCAUCACAGCAGGAGAAGCUGGAAGAACAGCAGCAGCAAAAUUGUGCAUCUACAGGAGAAUUGCCAGCUAGUGGAAAACCUCUCAAAGUCUAUCCGUACGAGUGGUUACUGCGUGGUAUUCAGUGGCCGCCUGACGUGGACCCGGCGCAUCGAGAAGAACACCUGUCAGAAAAGGAUUUUGUUCGUGCCUUUGGGGUAUCCUGGGAGAGGUUUGCAAGUUGGCCGGUGUGGCGUCAACGGCUCAUCAAGCAGAGAGUGUCCCUCUUCUAAGCCGCAGGGUGGUUCGCUGCUUGUUCUGAGCAUUAUUUAGCUGCCUGGGUCCAUGAGCAACCACAACUGCAAUGUAAAGGUGACCCCUGUAUUCUGCUGGCGCAUCCAGCCCCUCAUGCUACAUAUACGAAUGUUGAGCGCGAAUCUCAACCUGUUGUUUUUUUUUCCACCUUUCUCCAAGGCACCGCGCCUCGAAGCAGAAGAUGCAGAAAUACUGCUUCCCUGGCUCAUACAACUCAGAAGCUGGCCCCUCGUCACCGGGUGAGUUUGUUUUGUGAUGGCCUGCAAGCAUGGCAAAGUGCUUUUGAAGAUGGAGAACUCACACUUUCUCCCCCUUUUGUCUUUUUCUCUCCCUUUGUGCAUGUUGCCGAUAUAACUCUGCCUGCCCCAGCUUUUGCCUCCCGGUGGCUCGCACCUUUUGGGAUUCUUGCACUCGGUAGCAAGGUUUCCAGAGGUCCUGAGAUUGUGAAAUAUAGCUAGUAGACAGGAAGCUUAUCGAGGCCGGAAGUUUUGUCAUGAGAGAGAGACCCUCCGGGGUUGGGUUGGACCUCUCUCUGUGGUGCAGGGAUAGAGGUGCACUAAAUGUGCUGCGUGCUCCGUUGCUGGUGUCCUACAAACCCGCCAAAGGUGGGGGUCUGUAGAGAACAUGAGACGCAAUGCAGCGUGCAGUUGAGAGCAAGAGUUGUACUUUUUUUUUACUUGUUUUUUUAUCUCUGGCGCAAGGGAUGGAAGAAGCAAUGCUCUUGUGGCCCCAUGCGGCAUUCUUGACUUGGAAGAGAUUUUAGAUGAUUGAAUGCGCAGCUCAAACCAUGUUGUUGUCGGUAGUAUUUGGCCAUGACUCGUGAGUUUUUUUUUUUUUUUUUUUGGUUCUUUUUUAUGUCUUGAGAUUCGUAGUCUGUUUUUUUUUGUCUUGAGAUUCGUAGGUAAGUUACGUAAUGGUUGAUAAAUAUGAGUGUGUGUGGAUGCUGUGCCAUUCGUAGUAAUGCUGAAUCGGUUGUAUAUUCCCAGUGAACAAACAAACCUUAACUAGCAAUCCUUCGUGGUACAAACUUGAGUUAUUUGUGCGCACUCAAAGUCCAAUAAGAAUAAUGUGGUAGGUAGCCUGGUUCAGUACUUGGCGAGUGAGGAUGUCUGAGGGGUAUAGUACCGACACAUCGAAAUAUAGACAGCCGGCAGGCGAACAGACAGAGACAGACAGAACUGCAGUCAACUCACAAUCCUUCAGUGAGAUGUGGGUCUCUCAUGUUUUCGUGUUUUCGUGUUUUCGUCUCGAUCCUUCAUUAAGGUGCCUCCAAGAAUUUGUGAAAGUAGGUAUAGAGAACCAAAGCAGUUUCAAGUGGUAGGUCAGUCGGUUUGUACACCCUUGAACGGUUGAAAUACAGACCCGAGUAAAAUAUAUAGAUAGAUUCGAGCAGUAGUUCGGGGGGAGUCUUGUUUGGCAGAUUCCGCGUAUUUUUCAUCGGGCCUUUUUAUUGCCGGUUGGUAGGUUUGGAAUACGCCCACGUUAGGCUGGAAAGUUAAGACCUGUGUGUGUGCGGAUUGCGCUUUGGAGAAGUGAGCUGUCGACGAUUGGUAGGGAUUGUAGACGUCGGGCGGGUAGUGAUAUGUCUUGCGUUCUGUGCAGCAGCAACUCGUUUGGUCAAUCGUCCGUCAAUGUAAAGAAGCAUCCAGUGUGAGGAGUCUCCAACUUCGUUACGCGUGGGUAGCAGAUUGGAAGCAGAUUAAGCAUGUAGCCAAUUUUGUGCUCGUGUGUGCUCGGAGUUUUUUUUGGUUGUACAGAAGGCAUGGGUAGCAGAUUGGAAGUCUCUUUGUUUUGUCUUUUUCCGCAGCUGUUUGCUAACCACAACUUUUUUUGUAAUUCCAUUCAUUCCUGAACGGCGACUGCACCUAUGGCUACGGAUUGCAGAGCCGAU